GGUAGUGGCAAGUCAACACUGAUAAAAUUCGCAUCAGAAGAUCCGCAAACACAAUUAGCUUUAAAGCAGUGGGCCGGGCCUGCAAAAGUAUAUUACCCCAGCUUUUUCUUCUGGAAUCAGGGUUUCCCGAUGCAAAAAUCGCAAGCUGGGCUCCUUCAAUCCAUGCUCUACCAAAUUCUGAGAAGAACCCCUGAUAUCGCUACGGAGGUCUGCCAAGGUCAUCUGAGCCAUGAAGGGUGGCGUAUCGACGAGCUAAUGGCAACUCUUCGACGAGUUUUGGAAAAAGAAAAACUUUCAGCCAAAUUUUGCUUCUUUAUUGAUGGACUUGACGAGUACAGUGGAGAAGAUAAAGAUCUCGUCAAAGUUUUAUCAAUUUUCGAAAAUGCACGAAAUGUAAAAUUAUGCCUUUCAAGUCGACCCAGAACAUUUCUUGAAAGUGCACUCUCACAUCGUCGACACACUCUAAUUAUGCAAGAUUUUACAAUGGAGGAUAUGAGGACAUAUGUUCAAGAAGAGCUUCAGCAAAAUGAGAACUUCAAACUACUGCAAGACUCCGGCCCUGAAUGCAGCAGCAUUAUUACGCAGAUUGCAGAAGAGGCACAAGGAGUGUGGCUCUGGGUCUACUUUGUUACUCGUGAUUUGGUUCACGCAGUUAACAGGAACGAAGGUAUCUCCACUUUGCAAAAGAUUCUUCGCGAAUUUCCUCCAGACUUGGAAGCAUACUUCGAUCACAUCAUCGAAAACAUAAAAGAUGUUUAUAAAGAGGAGAUGGCACAAAUAUUUCUUACUACAAUUGCACAAGUCCAGCCUCUACCUCUGUUUGUAUUCUCACUGCUGGAAAAGGAGAGGCUUGAUGCCGACUAUGCGAUCAAGGCUCAGAUUUGCCCGCUGUCUCUAGAAGAGGUGCAAACGAGUGAUGAAAAGUGGAAGGCACGAAUACAGAAUCGAUGCAGCGAUCUUGUAACAGUCGAGGAUAAAGAUCACCCAAUAUUUUUACUGCACCCAGUGGAUUAUCUUCACCGCACCGUUGGUGAUUUCCUUCGGGAACGCUACUACGACAAGCUGAAAGAGCUAGCUCCUGGUUUCAAUGCUUAUAAUUCAUUAUGCAAGAUGAUGCUUUUCUUGCUAAAGGGUUUGCCCGAAAUCAACAGGAAGGAUCAAAUUUCAAUCACAAAAAUGAUUGGAAUUGUUGAUGAGCUAUUAUACUAUGCUCAUGAGGUCGAAAAAGGAGAUCAGCUAACGGCUACUUUAAGCUUAAUUGACCUACUGGACGAGGUUGACAGGGUGAAUUGCCAACACACUCGCUCUUUUGGUAAACACUGGACACACAUUAGAGAUUCCCCUACUGGCCGAGGCAAUGAUGAAUAUCGCGAAGGUGGAAAAUGCAACUUCUUGGCAUUGGCUAUCCAGGCACGAUUGGUGAAAUACACUGAUGCAAAGCUUCAUUCCGACAUGAGACACAUUAAAAAAAAUGGAAGGCCAUUGUUAGACUAUGCGCUUCCACCAAGAAGAGUCACACCUAUUUCCAUGCCUUAUCAUUCGCUGAGGGAUGACCCAAGUGUGGACAUAGGUAUGGUUAAGUUACUGUUGGAGAAUGGGGCAGAUCCGAAUCAAAAAGUCCAUCUGAACGAUGGGAGAACUGUUUGGGCAUUGUUUCUUUCGUCAUGCUACGAGGGUUUGCAAGUAGGCGAAGCGCCACCUCAAUCACUUAGGGAUGCUUGGUACCAGGCGAGCGAGCAGCUGAUUUCUCAUGGCGCAAGUCCAGUCUGUUGGUUUGACGACGACCCGAAAUCUUUGACUGUCUUGGGAAUGCUAUAUGAGAUAUUCGGAGAAGGUGAAGCCAGAAGACUUCAAGUAUUGUUGGAUGAACAUCGCCAGGUAAGGCGUGAAAAGAGAUCAUGGAUCUCCAACCUUUUGGGUUGGGAUGAUUAA